AUGGGACAGACCGUGACGACUCCUUUGACUCUAACCCUUAACCACUGGACUGACGUAAAAGCUAGGGCUCACAAUCUGUCUGUCGGGGUACGGAAGGGCCCCUGGCAGACCUUCUGCACCUCUGAAUGGCCAACCUUUGGAGUCGGCUGGCCGCCAGAAGGUGUCUUUAACCUCUCUCUUAUUUCCGCAGUAAGAAAGGUCAUUUUUCAGUCUGAAGGGGGACACCCGGACCAAAUACCCUACAUUCUCGUCUGGCAGGACCUCGUCCAGAAUCCACCAGUGUGGGUCAAGCCCUGGAUAUUUGGCCGCCCUGAGCCAACUUCCACUAUAAUGGCAGUAGCCUCAGACCCCGAGCCCAACUUGCCUGUUCCCCCCCGACCUUCAGCUCCCCCGCCCCUCUACCCUGAGAUAGACAAUGAUCUUCUUCUUGACUUCUCCCCCCCUCCGUACUCCCAACCUCAAUCCUCUCCCCAGCCGGCACAACCUAACGUGCCACACGUCGCUGUGGGGCAACCCCCGGCGGCCGGUCCACGCGAACCGGGACCAGCAGGGGGAACCCGGAGCCGGAAGGGCCGCAGUCCAGAAACUGUUCGCCCCUCCGAGUCACGGUCUCUUGCCCUCCCCCUUCGGGCAAUGGGGCCCCCGCCAGGAGAUGACCAGCUUCCCCCUUUACAGUACUGGCCUUUUUCCUCGGCAGAUCUAUAUAAUUGGAAGACUAUGCACCCCACCUUUUCAGAUAAUCCCUCUGCCCUGACGGGACUCCUCGAGUCUCUCAUGUUUUCGCAUCAGCCCACCUGGGACGACUGUCAACAACUGCUCCAGGUCCUCUUCACGACAGAGGAAAGAGAAAGAGUCCUCCUAGAAGCCAGGAAAAACGUCCCGGGGGCCGAUGGGACUCCCACUAAUCUCCCUAACCUCAUAGAUGAAGGGUUUCCACUGACCAGGCCAACCUGGGACUUCAAUACCGCAGAAGGUAGGGAGCGCCUCACCGUCUACCGCCGGGCUCUCAUUGCUGGUCUAAGAGGGGCUGCAAGACGCCCCACGAAUCUGGCUAAGGUAAGAGAGGUUGUCCAAGGUCCAGUUGAACCGCCCUCGGUUUUCCUGGAACGCCUAAUGGAAGCUUAUAGGAGGUACACUCCUUUUGAUCCAGCUUCAGAGGGACAACAGGCGGCCAUAGCAAUGGCCUUUAUUGGGCAGUCAGCCACAGAUAUAAAAUGUAAGCUACAGAGGCUAGAGGGACUUCAAGAUUAUUCGUUGCGAGACUUAGUGAAGGAGGCAGAGAAAGUGUUCCACAAGAGAGAAACAGAGGAGGAGAAAAAGGAAAGAGAAAAGAAAGAGAUAGAGGACAGAGAGAACCGGCGUGAUCGCCGACAAGAGAGAAAUUUAACUAGAAUUUUGGCUGCAGUAGUAGGGGAUAGUAUAGCAGAAAGAGAAAGAAGCAGGCAGACAGGGCACCUGGGCGACAGGGCUCCACUCGAAAAAGAUCAGUGUGCCCAUUGUAAAGAAAAAGGACACUGGGCAAGGGAGUGCCCGAAAAAGCAACUCAGGAGGAACAAGGUCCUGGCUCUCGAUGAUUAGGGGGGACGGGGCUCGGUCCCCCUCCCCGAGCCCAGGGUAAUGCUUCCAGUAGAGGGGACUCCCAUCAACUUCCUGGUGGACACGGGAGCUGAACAUUCGGUAUUGACCAGGCCCCUAGGAAAAUUAGGAACAAAAGAAACCAUGGUUGUGGGGGCCACGGGCAGCAAAUUCUACCAUUGGACUACAAAAAGAAAAUUGGACGUUGGGAGGGGCCGAGUAACUCACUCCUUCCUGGUCAUCCCUGAGUGCCCUGCGCCCCUCCUGGGAAGAGAUUUGCUGACCAAAUUAAAGGCACAAAUUCAGUUUACCCCUGAGGGACCUGAAGUAACUUUGGGGGAAGCUCCUGUGACUUGUCUGGUAGUCGGACUUGAGGAGGAAUACCGCCUCCAUGAAACAAAGCCUGGAGAAGUAGUUGCUUCAGAAUGGCUUACCCAAUUCCCUGAGGUCUGGGCUGAACAGGCAGGAAUUGGCAAGGCUAAACAAGUACCCCCGAUAGUGGUAGAGCUGAAGGCGCAUGCCUCACCUAUCUCGGUGAGACAAUAUCCCAUGAGUAAAGAAGCAAAGGAAGGCAUCCGUCCCCACAUCCAGAGGCUGAUACAGCAAGGAGUUCUAGUACCCUGCCGAUCUCCCUGGAACACGCCUUUGCUGCCGGUGAAGAAACCUGGCACUGGGGACUACCGACCAGUACAAGACUUAAGGGAGGUUAAUAAAAGGGCCCAGGAUUUGCAUCCCACUGUGCCUAACCCUUACAAUCUACUGAGUUCCCUCCCACCGGAGCGGGUUUGGUACACAGUGCUAGAUUUAAAAGACGCUUUUUUCUGUCUCCAAUUACACCCCAGCAGCCAACUGAUGUUUGCUUUUGAGUGGAGAGAUCCGGAAGGGGGACACACUGGACAACUGACAUGGACUAGAUUGCCCCAGGGUUUUAAAAACUCCCCCACACUAUUCGACGAGGCACUCCAUAGGGACCUGGCCCCCUUCAGGGCUCGGAACCCCCAAGUCUCCCUUCUUCAGUAUGUUGAUGACCUCCUGCUGGCAGCAUCCACCAAGGAAGCGUGUGAAGAAGGAACCAGAGAACUCCUAAAAGAAUUGGGUGAGUUAGGGUACCGGGUGUCGGCCAAGAAAGCUCAGUUGUGCCGCAACGAAGUAACAUACCUGGGGUAUGUCCUGAAAGACGGCAAGAGGUGGCUCACAGAAGCCAGGAAAAAGACAGUAGUUACCAUUCCUGUCCCCAAGACUCCACGGCAGGUACGGGAAUUUCUGGGGACAGCCGGUUUCUGUAGACUUUGGAUACCUGGGUUUGCCUCCCUAGCCGCUCCCCUGUAUCCACUUACACGGGAUCAAGCUCCCUUUGCUUGGACACAGGAGUGUCAAGAAGCCUUUGAAAAAAUUAAAACUGCUCUACUCACAGCACCAGCCCUGGCCCUGCCGGAUCUAACCAAACCUUUUACCCUGUAUGUGGACGAACGUGCGGGAGUGGCUCGGGGAGUGCUAACCCAAGCCCUGGGACCUUGGAAAAGACCAGUAGCCUACUUGUCAAAAAAACUCGACCCAGUGGCAAGCGGCUGGCCGUCAUGUCUGAGGGUAAUCGCAGCGGUGGCUCUCCUGGUAAAAGACGCUGACAAACUUACUCUGGGCCAGCAUGUAGUUAUAGUCGCUCCCCAUGCAUUAGAAAGUAUAAUCAGGCAGCCUCCUGACCGUUGGUUGACCAACGCCCGAAUAACUCACUACCAAAGUCUCUUGCUAAACGACCGUAUAACGUUCGGACCGCCUGCUAUUCUUAACCCCGCCUCCCUGCUCCCGGAGACAGACGGAUCCCAGCCGGUACACUCAUGCACAGACAUUUUAGCUGAGGAAACUGGAACCCGGAGAGACCUGACAGAUCUGCCCUGGCAUGGGGCGCCGAAUUGGUACACAGAUGGUAGUAGCUUCAUCAUGGAUGGAAAAAGAAAAGCCGGAGCAGCCAUAGUGGAUGGGAAGCAAGUAAUAUGGGCCAGCAGCCUUCCUGAGGGGACUUCGGCACAAAAAGCUGAAUUACAAGCUUUGACAAAAGCCCUUGAGCUGGCAGAAGGAAAAGUUAUUAACAUCUACACCGACAGCAGAUACGCGUUUUCCACCGCUCACAUUCACAGCGCGAUCUACAAACAAAGAGGACUCCUCACGGCUGCAGGAAAGGAAAUUAAGAACAAGGAAGAAAUCCUUGCUCUCUUGGAAGCCAUACACCUGCCGAAAAAGGUAGCUAUUAUUCAUUGUCCUGGACAUCAAAAAGGAAUGGACCCCGUGGCAGCAGGGAACAGAAUGGCAGAUCACACUGCUAAGAAAGCCGCACAAGGAACUGUCUCCUGUGCCUUAUGUGAGCAACGAAAGAAACCCCAACCAAAAGAAGAUAAUUUCAGUCUAAACUACACACCAAUAGACUGUGAGGAAAUUGAACGCCUAAAGGAAAAAGGAUUAUCCAGCGGAUUUGACUGCCAUGGGAUCGCAAAAACUAAAGACAACAAAAUCAUUUUGCCUCAUAAAGAAGGUGAAUACUAUGUAAAGAGUAUCCAUCACCUAACACAUUUAGGAAAAAAGAAAUUGUGCGAACUAGUAAAAGCCUCCAAUUAUCACGUACUCCGACUACGAACUAUAACAGAACAAGUAACCCAGUCCUGUAAAGCCUGUGUUCUAACAAAUGCCCACCACCCGCUCGUAGAACCAGGAAAACGGCUGCGGGGAGACAGACCAGAAGUCUUCUGGGAAGUAGAUUUCACAGAAAUCGUUCCUGGUAGGUAUGGCAAUAAAUAUCUUCUAGUCUUCAUAGACACCUUCUCCGGAUGGGUUAAAGCUUUCCCCACAAAGUCUGAAACUGCCCAGGUGGUCACGAAAAAAAUUCUGGAAGAAAUUUUGCCCCGGUUCGGGAUACCCAAGGUAAUCGGCUCCGACAACGGGCCCGCGUUUGUCGCCCAGGUAAGUCAGGGACUGGCCAAACAGCUGGGGACCAAUUGGAAAUUGCAUUGCGCUUAUAGACCCCAGAGUUCAGGGCAGGUAGAGAGAAUGAAUAGAACUCUAAAAGAGACCCUCACUAAAUUGGCUAUUGAGACCGGCGGGAAGGACUGGUUGGGCCUCCUUCCCUUUGCGCUCCUCAGAGCCCGAAACACACCCGGACGUUUCGGGCUCACUCCCUAUGAGAUCCUUUUUGGGGGACCUCCCCCCUUGACCAGACCAGACGGAGUAUUAGACCCCGCCUUAGAUUCCCACUCACCCUCUGCUUUGUUUAUCCACCUUAAGGCUCUAGAGGCUGUCCGCACCCAGAUCUGGGACCAGAUUAAAGAAGCCUAUUCACCUGGGACUCCUGCGGUGCCACACGGGAUCCAAGUCGGUGAUCUGGUCCUUGUUAGACGUCAUCGAGUGGGAACCCUCGAGCCCAGGUGGAAGGGACCCUACUUAGUACUGUUAACCACCCCAACAGCUGUGAAAGUAGACGGAAUUGCUGCCUGGAUCCACGCGUCACACACAAAGAAAGCUCCUGCUGAAAAGCUUAAGGAUGAAUGGAAAGUGAAAGCAACUGAUAAUCCUCUUAAACUUCGCCUGCGCCGUCGCCUCUGCCCAGAGCGUUUCCCCGUCCGGAAAAAGGCAAGGUUUGGCCCAGAUCACGCGCCGGCCUCGCUCCGGCUCCAAAUCCCCGGUUCCAUGAUUCAGACUCGCAAAGGCGGUGGUGGCCGCGACCGCACCCACCGGCAGGCUGUUGCUCUCCACGGCACCAGCCCGGUUCCCCCAGGCCAUGUGGACCUGCUCCCGAGUCUCCCCGGAAACCUCCCCCUGGAAGUAAUCCCGUCUGCUGCCACUGCAAUGGCUAAAUUCAUCCUUGGCAAAACAAAAAUUCAGCCCCGGCUCCAUGAGGUGCGCAGCUCCCCGGCUCCAAUUCCGGGGCCCACGCGCUCCCCGCACCCCUGCGGAGCAAGGUCCCCCCCUGUCCCUGGACCCCAGCUCAGCAGCUCCGGGGAGGCCCCUGCCGGGUCUCCUGUCACUUACCGGCGGCUCCGGGCUCCGGGCUCCGGGCUGGGCUGCGCGCAGGCGGGCGCGGAGUUUGCUGACUCAAAGGCGCGGCACCGUGCGCCCAGGAGCGCACCCGAGCGCAGCCCCGCGACUCGCGCCCGGGGCGCCCCGCCUUGCCGCCCCCGGCCACCUACCGAGCGGCCGAAACCCGGCCGGCGAGGCCAGGCGAGCUGGAGUCGCCGGAGGGCUGCGCAGCGGAGAGCCCGAGUCCGGGCUCACCGCCCACCCCUGCCCCAGCCUUGCGCGCCUGGAGGGCCGGCCCACUGGCACGGACCGACGGACGGACGGACUGAUGGACGGGCUCCAAGGCUGAGUUGUGCAAGCGCAGCCCUUUGGAAUCGCCCUUUGGAAACGGCCUUGAGGCGCGAAGAAGUCGUGCGGCCCUGGGGCUUGUGCAUGUGGGAGGCCCGGGAUGCCACCCUUGCUUGGCACCCCAAAGCGGAUCCUCCUGAGUCAGUGUUGGCCAACUACCCGACAUCCAGUUAG